CUCUCCCAUUUCACUCUCUCCCUUAGGUCCCGCCUGCAAACACCAGACAGCCCAGUGGGCCCAUAGGAAACGACCAUCAGAGUCUGAAGCAAGUCCGAGAGCUCGCACACAGGCGUCCCGUUUGGAAGUGUCCAAGGAGACCGCCAGAAGCGCGCCAGCCGGAGUCUGAGAGUUCCCUUCUGGCCGAGAGGGGGAGCCCGGCGUUUCCAGCCGGGAGCGACCCGGAGUCCCAAGCCUCGAGCCCCAGCCGCCGCCAGUUUUAGCUUCAGCCGGUUAGGAAGAGGAGGGAGGGGGCAGAGAGCGCGAAGAGGGAGGGGACCCGGGCCGAAGGGUCCCGAGUCCAGCACCGUGUUGACGUCGAAAAACUUUCCCUCUCGGCCUCGGAAACGGCGCCCCAGCCGCGUAGGAGCGGAGCCCGCGCGGCUCCGAGGACGCGGCAGCUCUCCACGCCCCUGCCCGAAGCCUGACCCGACUGCAUCUGUCCGUAAGUUAUAUGUGAUUCCUUCUGGUAUAGGAGAGAAAGUGAUUGAGGAACUCAAAUGGCAACUGUAUGAUUGAAACUAUUCAAAGUCAAGCGUCUGCAUAUUCUUUCAACUGUAUUCGAGCACUCCCAGAUUCAAUCUAUGAAACAAUAUAUACCUAAAGAAGACUGGCCUCAGUCCUUGUCCUCUUCUGCCUGUAUCCUGUUUUCAUUAUAGGACAUAAAGUGUGAUUGAACUGAACGUCUGUUUGGCUGAUCAUCAUGAACCGUGCUUUUAGCAGGAAGAAAGACAAAACAUGGAUGCAUACACCUGAAGCUUUAUCAAAACAUUACAUUCCCUAUAAUGCAAAGUUUCUUGGCAGUACGGAAGUGGAGCAGCCUAAAGGAACAGAAGUUGUGAGAGAUGCUGUCAGGAAACUCAAGUUCGCAAGACAUAUCAAGAAAUCCGAAGGCCAGAAAAUUCCUAAAGUUGAGCUGCAAAUAUCAAUAUAUGGAGUAAAAAUUCUAGAACCGAAAACAAAGGAAGUCCAACACAAUUGCCAGCUUCAUAGAAUAUCAUUUUGUGCAGAUGACAAAACUGACAAGAGGAUAUUCACUUUCAUAUGCAAAGAUUCUGAGUCAAAUAAACAUUUGUGCUAUGUAUUUGACAGCGAAAAGUGUGCUGAAGAAAUAACUUUAACAAUUGGCCAAGCAUUUGACCUGGCAUACAGGAAAUUUCUAGAAUCUGGAGGAAAAGAUGUUGAAACAAGGAAACAGAUUGCAGGAUUACAGAAAAGAAACUUAGUGUUCUCAUGUGACUUUGCUUCACUUCCUGAUGCUUCUCAUGGGGAUCAGAGCAGCAGAAGCAGCAGAUGCUGGAUUCAAGACUUAGAAACCGAAAAUAUGGAACUUAAAAACAAAGUACAAGAUUUGGAAAGCCAGUUAAGAAUAACCCAAGUAUCAACAUCUCCAGCGGGCAGUGUGACACCUAAGUCACCCUCCACUGACAUCUUUGAUAUGAUACCAUUUUCUCCAAUAUCACACCCAGCUUCGAUGCCUGCUCGCAACGGCACACAGCCACCUCCAAUACCUAGUAGAUCUACUGAGAUUAAACGGGACCUGUUUGGAGCAGAACCUUUUGACCCAUUUAACUGUGGAGCAGGGGAUUUUCCUCCAGAUAUUCAAUCAAAAUUAGAUGAAAUGCAGGAGGGGUUCAAAAUGGGACUAACUCUUGAAGGCACAGUAUUUUGUCUCGACCCAUUAGACAGCAGGUGCUGAUGUCAAGAACAAAAGAUCCAGAUUUGUGUUAAAUUUGUUGUAUAUGCAUAUACAUCAUUCCUUAUUACUUUAUGACAGGUAGUAUAUGUGUGCCAAUAUAUUUUUGAAGAUCUUAAUUUUUUGCAAAUUAUUUUAGUAAAGUGUCCUUCGCUAUUGAUCUAUAAUGUUUAUUUUAAAAACAACUCACUGUAUAGUAAAUCAUACUUUUAUGUUCCUUUCUGUUUCUCUUGUAGAUGACUUUAUAAUCAAAAAACAAAUUAUCCAAAUAUCUGUCUUGUGUCUGAGUUCUGAAUAAUUAGCAUCUUGAAAUUCGUGCUCAUUUUCCAGGCUGCUAGUUUAUUAUUGAUUCCCGAAAGCCAUACCUUGAUGAUACCUUUCAAAGUCUUGAGGCGAUAUACCAAUGCCAAACUAAAUAUGUUCUGUAUUCAAACCAAUAAGCAUGUUAGCAUCCAUUAGACAGAUGUUAUUUUAUGUGUUAAAUGUUGUUCAUAUCAUUGGCAAAAUGUAGACUUUGACUAUAAUGCCACUAGGUCAUUUUUAGCAGGUAAAAUAGCAAAAAUAUAAUUUCCAAUAAUAAUUAAACCAAAUAAUUAGAGUAUUUAUUAGUAAAAGCAAAGUAAUAAUGUUAGCUAUUAUUAUCAUUUAUACUCUAAAUCUUUUAUUUAUUUCAUAAAUAAGGAUAAUGGAAAAAAACAAAAAUCUGCUCAUUCCAAAACACUUAAAAUUUAAUUUCUAAUGAGAUAAGUUAUAUUGCUAAACAUCUAAACAUCAUCUGAUCUAAUAUUUUCUAAAAAAAAAAUUUGGAAUAUAUGCUGUCUAUAGUUGCAAUAUCUAUUACACACAUUUACUUUACCAAAUAUAUUUUUUCUCACUGAAUGAUAUUAUUCUCAUAUUUUCUCCUUUGGUAAAUAUUUUCCCACCAAAUUUUAUUUUGUGAUGCCCCCUUAGUUUUGAUACUUUAAAAUCUGUAACAGUUAUCCUUUAUGAAUCAUCGGUAUUGUUUAGCAAUUUUAAUUUGUAUUUGUUUUUGUUGAAGUCAGAAUCUCAUUCUUUACAAAAAUCAAGUGGCUUCUCAGUUUGGGCUAACAUGAACUAUAAAAUUUUCUUGUACUUAAUUCAUAAUGUGCUAUGAACUCCGACCUUUAAAAAUGUUUAUUUUUCUACCUUUGCCCAUAUGUAACAGACUUUAAUUUGUACUCAGUGCAAGAGAAUUUAUGGUUAAAAUUUAUAAUUUGGUUCAUUGCAUCAUAAGAAAAAUAGAUUAAAUUAAUGAAAAUGUGAGUUUAGAUUAGGGGUAGAUCUCAAAAUAGAUUUUUCUUUUUCUCAUGGGAAUUUUUGUCAAGUGCUAAAGGUACAUAUUCACUGGGAAAAGAAAUCAAAUAUGCUUAUGCAAUAUUAUCUUUGUAUGUAUCUUCAUAAUGUUCUAUGGUAUAUAUAAGCCUUCUUAGGUGUUUUCUGUUAUCUGCUAAGUUGUACGUUAAUUAGAGGUUAGUAUGUUUCAUAAAGAAGAAUCUUUAUAAUUUUGUUUGUCAUAUAGUAUUUUGGAAUUUGUAUAAUGAGGAUGUUUAGAAGCCAUAUGAAUGGCUUUUUUUUAACAGAUAGAAUUUGUAUUUUUAUUGUACUUUAAAAGCUUUAUGUAAUAGGUAUAUAUUUAGUGGCCAUUUAUUACCAAUGGUAACACAGUAGAGUACUAAGAUGGUAUUUGCACACUUAAGAUAUGUUACUUUACCAAUUUUUAAUGGUAAUCAGUUCUGCUACUGGCAUGACUAAAUAGUACAUAAUUGGUCAUUAAUUAUGAACAUUUAUUUCACCAGUGCAUUUUUAUGAAGAUCCAGUUGAAAAUGGUAUUUCUAUGUAAACUCAGUGAUAUGUUUGAUUUUGCUGAGAAUAAAUGAUUUUAAAUAAAUAA